AUGGCCACAGAAACGCCAAAAGCCGCGCCGCCUCCGGCCACCACGGCCACUCCCGAGGACAAGAAGGUUCAACAACUUCAGCAGGACGACAAGGUGCAGAAGAAGGAUCCAUCGGCAGAAUCUGCAGAAGGAGAGAAGAAGCUCUCAGGCGCCGAAAAGAAGGCAUUGGCAAAGGCUGAGAAGGCAGCGAGACGAGCAAAGGCCAAGGAGGCGCAACCCGCACCACCGCCCGGUCAGGGAGGUGCCCAGCAGGGCGGAGCAGGCGACGCCAAAGGAGGAAAGUCGAAACCAAGACAGGACGGUCCCCAGGGAUAUAACCAGGCUGGCGGCCCGAGGGGCAGUUCAGGAGUCAAGGCCGUUCCGGUUGCUGCCCCCAAAGACAACAGACCCAAGGUCCCCGAGUGCUUCAGUCACCUGUCUAUGGCUAAGAGGAUACAUAUGACGGAAGCCGAUAAGGAUGUUCACCCGGCCGUCCUGGUAUUGGGUCAGCAGAUGAGCGCGUUUGCGAUCAGCGACAGCACCACGAGAUUGGAGGCGACUCUGCUGGCGUUCAAGAAGGUGAUUGACUCCUACACAACGCCCCCAGGCAACACAUUCUCGCGCCACUUUACAUCACACAUCCUGAACCCGCAGAUCGAGUACCUCUCGGCAUGCCGGCCCAUGUGCUUCUCCAUGGGCAACGCCGUCCGCUGGCUCAAGCUCCAGGUCAGCAAAAUCGACAUUGACUUGCCCGACAUCGAUGCCAAGAAGCUUCUCAGCGAGUCCAUCGAUAACUUUAUCCGCGAGCGCAUAACCCUGGCCGACUUUGUCAUUGUCAAGACCGCCGCCGAUAGCAUCGAGGACGGCGAGACUGUUCUGACCUAUGCCUACCACCCGCUCGUCGAGCGCGCCCUGCGCCAAGCCCGCGCCGACGGCAAGCGCUUCUCCGUCGUGGUUGUGGAUGACCCAUUCGAGAACACCGGCCGCGACUUCGCCAAGCGUCUGCGCGACUUGCCCGGCAGCGAUGGCGGCCUCGAAGUCGCCUACUGCCCGGACCUGAGCGCCAUGCGCGACCACCUCCGCGAGACGUCGCGCGUGCUGGUCGGCGCCGAGGCUAUGUUCAGCAACGGCGCCAUGUACGCCCGCGCCGGCACGAGCGACAUCGCCAUCGCCGCGGCGGACCAGGGCGUCCGCGUCGUGGCGCUCAGCGAGACCAUCAACUUCACCGAGAGGGUCGCCAUGGACUCUCUCACUUACAACGAGAUCGACCCGGAACAGAACACCGAGGAAGGGUUUCGGCUGCUGUUCGACACCACGCGCGAUCGUUAUAUCUCGGUAGUGGCCACGGAGCUGGGCAUCACGUCGCCCGUAUCUGUGCCGGCGAUUCUCAGAAAGCUGGAGGAGCUGUAA